AACACCGAGAAUCCGUCAAUGUCAAACAUCCGAAUGCCCGAAAAGGGGCCCGUUAAAUUUUUCGAUCUUGUGUAAAAUUAUACUCCGCGGCCACACCAUUUUGUCCGGGACGUCAUUUUUCCUCGCUCUUUUGGACAAUUUGAAUUAAAAAUCGUUGAAAAGUUUUCCAAUGCACCAGUACACGAGGAUGUUACCCCUGAAGACGCUUGGCUGCGCUUUGCGACGACCCGUUCAAGCUUUACGUUUACCAUCGAGAACGGAACAAUGCAGAACGUCGUCAUCGUCUCCGUCGCCACCACCACCGCCGGCGAAUACUAGAAGCAACACCUACGCAACACUUCCCGAAAAAGGUUGCGAUGAGGAGGAGAAAAACGCCAGGACUCAAAAUUAUCAAGUGUGUAACAGACCCGAUUGCCCAUUAUACAAAAAAAAAGGCUCGGAGAUGGAGGAAACGGAAGAUGAAACAACUUACAAAGAACAAACUUUAGGCGCGGGAUUCCGUGAGCUUCCUCUAAGCGAUAGUUCCGGUGAUUUCCGCGUACAUUCAGCCCCUUCAGCCACCGAACCUGCGUUGAAAAUCGUGAAAAACGUCGAUCGUAGCCAAGACGGCGAGGAAUCGGACGAGAAGCCCUGCAUAAUCAACAUCUUUUUGGACCCCAAAACGACGAUGAAUCCGAAGAACGACGUUUUUGUUCAUUUUUUGCAAGAUGCGUUGCGCAAGGGCGACAUUAACGAGCCUUUUAGUCGAAAAAUUGAGGCGUUUCUGGAGAAGUACGGUGUCAAUUUGGAAGAGGGGGAAAAUGGGUAUCGGAAAAAGGAGAUUAUCGAGUACAGUAGGGGUGAAAAUAACGAGGAAGUUGAGAAUACAGAGAAAGUGGUUGAGAAAUCCGCAUUUGACCGUCAAUCGACUUUAUCAAAACUUUGGGCGUAUUUAUUUACCAGUGCUGAAUCGCCGGAACAAAAACGUUCGAGAAGUUUCGAGGAAUUAACCGCUGAGGAGAUGGAAGCUUUGCGCGAGUUUAGAGAGCGGAAACAGAUGGAGGAAGACGCCGGUUCCUGCUCAACUUCGGAUGGAGUUACUAGAAGACCCGGUGGCUAUCGUCAAUCGAGGCGCGAAUUUUCGACUUGCACUUCCGGUAAGGAAUCUUCAUCGAGCCUCCUCGGACUCACCCAAAAUGAAUUUAAAGUCCGAUUGGUACGUUACAGACAUCAUCAGGGAAGGAGCGUAGACGAAGAUGGAAUGACAACGACCACCGCAACGGCUAAAAAGAAUUUUUCUUCAAAAAAAAUCGUCGAAAAAACCAUUAAUAAGAAACCGAUUAAUCCCAUCGAUGUGGAAUUGUUGGACAAAAGCAGAAUCGGAUUGAAAAUUGUUACCCCGAAAGAAGAAAUUGAAAAGUUGAUGCCGAAUUUGAUUAAGAUUAAGUUAGAAAAUGAUGAUGUAGAACCUAAAAUGUCUUUUUCUUUAUGUAAUAAGGAGCCUAUAAUGGAGGCUCAAAAACUAUCUUGUCUCAAAAUUGAAACUCCACAAUUUAAUUGCCAAAGUAAAAGCAUCAAAGUUAAAUGUGAUGCUUAUAGAGAUGUUUGUCCUAAAGCACCGAUUAAAUCAGAAUCUAAAUCAAAGUCAAAACCAAAGUGUGAUAUUCCUGGAAAUUCGCCUCAAGUUGCCGCGGCGAUUUGGCGGUGUGCCCCUAUUCCGGAAUUGAACGUGGUUUACGAUGAUGUUUGCAAAAGUUUGAUAUCAACGAAAAUGCCGUGUGGGGCUCCACCGAAUCCUUGUCCCAAAAAGAAAUCGAUUAUAAGCAAUAGAAAGUUUGUUUGUAAGAAACGACCGAGUGUGUGCGGAAAAAAACCAGAAAUUAAAACUAAAAAAGAAACCAAAACAAAUUUAGUUUCAAAAGAAACCGCAAACGCAUGUUGGCAACACUGCAAACAAGUCCUCGAUAAAGUCCAAGGAGAAAUGUCAAAAGAAUUCAAAAAGCAACACAAAAGCAACUACGGGCCUGAUUGUCACAAAACGAAUCCAAUCAAGAAGAUGACAUCUUGCGAAAAAAAGGAAACCUGUGCAACGAAGAACCCACCGGAAGAAGGUGGAGCUACAUUAACAACACCAAGAAUUCGGAUCAAGACAAGGAAUUUUAUGAAGUUGAUAAAAAGACAAAAACACGACAAAGUCAUCACUUGUAUGGAAAGGAAAAAAAAACGAAAACGUAACAACAAUAACAAGUCUUCAAAAAGUGAUAAUCUUGGCUCUAUGAGGAGGAGGGAGGUUAAAAGCUUUUCGAGUUCGGUGCCGAAACGGAAGGAAGGGUGUGGGUGCUCGGAUUGUCCUGGAAAAAAAGAUGGAAAAUGUGAUUGUAAUAAAAAAGAAAAUAACACCGGAAAUAAAGAAUCUUCUGGAGAAAAUGUUUGCGCGAAAAGGGAAUUCCCAAAAUCAAUUAAGUGCGAAACGAAAAAAAACGAAUGUAUGAAGAAGAAAGAGGAAUCUAAACCUAAAUCGAAUAAAAGCAAGUUUUCUUGUGGUGGUGGUGGUGGUAAAAAAAAGAGUCCUUGCGUUGGGGUUAAGGUUAAAGUCAAAAAUGUAUGCUUAGCUAAUAAGGAACCAAAAAAGAAUGAUUGUAUGUCGAAGAAAAAUGUUUGUGGGGCUAAAAAAGAAAGUUGUGGAGCUAAAAAAGAUACUUGUGGAGCUAAAAAAGAUACUUGUGGAGCUAAAAAAGAAACUUGUGGAGCAAAAAAGGAACCAGAAAAGAAGUCAAGUAUUUGCGAGGCAUCGAGUGCUUCAUGUUUUAAGCCAAAAAAAAGUACUUGUGGAGAAAAAAUGGGUAAGGCUAAACAAGUUCCUCCUUGUGGUGCUAAAAAAGCAUCUCCUUGUGAAGCUAAAAAAACAUCUCCUUGUAGUUCCCCAAAAAAAGAUCCAUGUGGAGCUAAAAAAGAUGUUUGUAAAGCUAAGUCAACUCCUCCUUGUGGUGCAAAGCCAGAAAAGAAAGCACCAAGUUGUAAUGCUCCCGAAAAGGGGCCAUGUCUUGGUGCAAAAAAGAGUUCUUGUGGGGUUGGUGGAGGUAAAAAGAAGCCUUGUGAUGCUAAAAAAGAAUCUCCUUGUAAGGCUAAGUCAGAAAGUUGUAUGGCGAAGAAAGAACCUUGUGGUGCUAAAAAAGAAUCUCCUUGUAAGGCUAAAUCAGAAAGUUGUAUGGCGAAGAAGGAACCUUGUGGUGCUAAAAAAGAGUCUCCUUGUAAGGCUAAGUCAGAAAGUUGUAUGGCGAAGAAGGAACCUUGUGGUGCCAAAAAAGAAUCUCCUUGUAAGGCUAAAUCAGAAAGUUGUAUGGCGAAGAAAGAAUCUCCUUGUAAGGCUAAAUCAGAAACUUGUAUGGUGAAGAAAGAACCAUGUGGAGCUAAGAAGGAACCUUGUGGUGCUAAAAAAUCUCCUUGUGGUGCAAAAAAGUCUCCUUGUAAAGCGAAAUCAACACCUUGUUUAAGCAAAAAAAAUGUUUGCGAUCCAAAACCAAAACCUUGUCCUAAAAAAGAACCUCCUUGCGUAUCAAAAAAGCGUCGCACCCCUUGUAAGGCAAAAUCAGAACCUUGUGGGCAAAAGAAAGAAGAACCAUGUCCUUGUGCUAAACCUUGUCGUAAACCACAAAUAGUAAAUGUAGCAGCAAAAAUCGCAGAAUUUCAAAAACGUGAUACUUGCAAAUCCGAGUCACCUUGCGGAGCAAAAAAGAAAGAACCACCAAAAAAAGAAACCAAACCUUGCCAAAAUACUUCUUCUUCUUCUUCAUCAACGUCAAAAUUAACUCAAAAAGAUUCCAAAACACCAUGUCCCCCGGCUGUGAAAUCACAACCCCCAGCGAAAGUUUUGAGUAAAGAUGAAGAACAAAAAGUAAAUGCGAAGAAAGCUAAAGAUCGAAAGUUUUGCCCCCCAACUUCGGGUAAAAUGGACCCGGAUUUAAGCCAAAAGAAAAAGUCGACCAAAAAAUGUUCCGAUUUAUUGAAAGACGUCGAUAAGAAAAAACCCGAAAAGAAAGGAUCAGAAAAAGGGGCUAAUAUCAAAGAGAUGUGUAGUAAAGGAUUAGAAAGCGCGAUCAAAUCAGUUCAAAGUUUAACCAAAAAGGAUGGCAAAAAGGCUUCAUCUAAAGAAGCUUUAUCUAGCGCAAAAGCGAAAGUUGCGUCAAGCGGGAAAAAUAUUUUGGCGGCGGGGCAAAGUGCUUUAAACACGUUUAUUUACGUCUUGAAGGAAAUUAAGUCAGUUUUUGUGUGCGAUGAGGAGAAAUUAAAAGAGAUUAAAAAAGAACUUCCUAAGAAAGCUAAAGAAGAUGGCGAAAAAGGUGGAGGAGGAAAAGGUGGGGAUCCACCUAAAUCAGCUUCUGGAGGAGACUCACCACCUCCAACAACAACAACAACAUCAUCAUCAUCAUCAUCGGGGAAAAAAUCAAAACCACCAUCAUCAAGUUGCGAUUCAAAAUUAAAUUUGGAUUCUUCGAAGGUGUCUGCUAAAUCGUUAAUUGCUGAGACGAUUGAUGAAUUUUUUAAGACGCUUAAAUUUUCGGGUGAUGAUUCUUCUUGUACGAAAGAUCAAAAAAUUUCGAAAUCUGAUAUUGCAACUGGUCCAAAGGAGGAUUUGAAAGGAAUUAAGGAAGAUGGGGUACAAAAUUUGGAUGAAAAGAAAGUUUUGACUGCACCUAAAGAUUCUGGGAAAAAGGAAGAUUUGCAAAAAAAGUCUGCGAUAAACGAUGUGUUCAAAAAGAUUUUAACUCCACCUCAAGAUUUGGAUUUGGAUUUGAAAAAGAAGUCUGCUACAACUCCAACAACAAUAAAGAGUGUUUUCCAAAAAGACUCAACAUCACCUGAUUUGACGAAAAAGGAUUUGGAUUUGAAAAAGAAGUCUGCUACAACUCCAACAACAAUAAAGAGUGCAUCCCAAAAAGUUUCAACACCACCUGAAGAUUUGGAUUUGAUGAAGAAGUCUGCAACAACUCCAACAACAACAAUAAAGAAUGUAUCCCAAAAAGUUACAACACCAUGUGAAGAUUUGGAUUUGGAAAAGAAAUCUGCAACAACUCCAACAACACCAACAAUAAAAAAUGUAUCCCAAAACGUUUCAACACCACCUGAAGAUUUGGACUUGAUAAAGAAGUCUGCAACAACAACAACAACAACAAUAAAAAAUGUAUCCCAAAAAGUUUCAACACCACCUAAAGAUUUGGAUUUGGAAAAGAAAUCUGCAACAACUCCAACAACAACAAUAAAGAAUGUAUCUCAAAAAGUUUCAACACCACCUGAGGAUUUGGACUUGAUAAAGAAGUCUGCAACAACUCCAACAACAACAAUAAAAAAUGUAUCCCAAAAAGUUUCAACACCACCUGAAGAUUUGGAUUUGAAAAAGAAAUCUGCAACAACUCCAACAACAACAAUAAAGAGUGCAUCCCAAAAAAUCUCAACACCACCUGAAGAUUUAACGAAAAAGGAUUUAGAUUUAAAAAAGAAAUCUACAACAACAACUUCAACAACAACAAUAAAGAGUGCAUCCCAAAAAGUUUCAACUCCACCUCAAAAUAAAGAUUUAACAACAAAAGACUUAGUAUCAAGGAAUUUAGAUCCUCAGUUUACUGAUCAUCAGAAAGAAAUAAAUCUAAAAGAUACUUCUAAAACUACGGAUGUUAAAAAACCAUCAAAUGAGACUGGAAAACAAGUUGAUAAAAAAAUGAAAAAUAAAUCGUUGGAUCAUGAUUUUCAAAUAAAAGAUUUGCAAAAAGAACUUUACAAAGAUGUUUUCGAUAAGCUUAUACCGCAAAAAGCUGCGCAUGAUGACGAGAAGACUCAGGAGAUGUUGAAAGAGCAGAACAAAAUUCAAGAUGAAGCGUUGAAGAAGAUCGAGGAGGGGAUUAAAGAGCAGCCGAAGCCGCCGAGUAAGCCGGGUGGUAAGAAAAGUGAAGUUCCGGAUCCUGUUUCGAUUGAGGAGCGGAUUCAAACUGGGGAUCAUAAGGAGAUUAUAAGAAAAUCGGAGGAGUUGCCGAUUGGACCGAUUAGUGAUGAGGUGGUCGACGACUUUGAAAAACGCAAAGUCAAAGAAAGAAGGAAAAAGAAGCAGCAAAAAAUUGGAAACGAAGAUGAUUUCGAUCACAGUUUUGAAGCUUCCGCAAUAAAAGACUCAAAAGAAAAAUCUCCCCCUCCUCAAGUAAACGAGUUAGUCGAUAAACUAUCUAAAACUGCACCAGAAGUGAAAAUGGAGGAUAAACCAACAAAGAAAGCUUGUUCGGAAUUAAAAUUGGAAUUAGAAAAAGUUCGAAGUCUCGAAGAGAAACCAUCGCCUGCCUUAGAAUCGAUUUUUGAAGACUUAAAUAAGGUGAUGGAGGAGACUGAGUGGGAAAAAGUCGAAAACGUCCAAAAGAAAUUUGAUAAGAUCAAAAAGGGGAUUAAAGCUCAAGAAGAAACGAAACCAACAAGCGAAGUUUUUCUUAAAGAAUUGAUCGAGGUAGUUACGAAAAUUGAGGAGGAUGCUUUGAAACGUAUCGAAAAGGCGAAAGAAACGUUCCAAGUCGCGGAACAAAUCAUAUCAAAAGAUGUUUUAAAGCAAGAGGAGAAGCCGGAUGUUCGGGUAAAACUUGAAGAGUUAAAGAAACUUGUUGAAAACGAUCGUUUUGGGGCGGAAAGUUCUACGAACGAGUUAAAAAAGGUGCUUGAAAAAGAUUUUCCAGAAAAACUCGAAGAAGCCAAAACUUAUUUAUCAACCCUAAACCAUCUUCUUGAAAAAAUCGACUCAAACUCUUCAUCCAAUGAAGUUAAAGAGUUAAAAGAACGCGUGGUGGAUUUACAAAAAUUAUUGGAGAAGGGUGAUCACGAAGACUUAAAGAACCAUAUGGGAAUAAACCACAAAAGCCUGAUUAAAGACGCCGAAGAACACCAAGUGAGAAAACUCGAACACGGAACGAUCCCCGAAACGAAAUGUAAAGUCGUUGGGGAAACAAAAAGAAUGAUUUACCAAAGCACGGGCUCUUUAAUGUCAUCGUACGAAGGUGUUCAUCGCAGGAACGAGGCUCGAAGGAGACGUUUUGACGAGGGAAAAGACCGGUUCCAAAUGGCCAAAAAGGAAUUGGAACAAAAAAUGAGAAACGUUGAUAACGCCGGGUCGGAACAACAAAAAAAGAAGUUUUCCACGUGGACUGGGAAACUUUUCGAAAAACGUUUUUAAUCGAUUCUAAAAGGGUUAUUUUUUUUUUGAGGGUUAAUUCGGUUCUUGGUGUGCGUUGUGUGUGUCAAAAUUUGUCUUCCAAUUUUUUUUUACAAUCUACGAUUGCGCCGAGUAAUUUAAGAUUCAAAUCUACGUCCCAAAAUCAUUCACUAUUAAAUAAUAUGACCUAAAUCAUGAUUACAAUAUAUAUAUAAAAGACGGAUGUAAAAAUUGAA